UGGACACAGGGGGAACAUCAGGAUGGGCAGCCUGGGGCCCAGGCAGGGGAGGGUUCAGCCAGGGGAGGGCUCAGGCAGAGGAGGGCUCCGGCAGGACCCCCGGCUCACGCUGCCAGAGAUUGGAGGCCACCCCCUGAAAGGGCAGAGCCAGAGCUGAGGCUUCAGGAAGCUGGGCUACCCGCUCUCGUGGGAAAGCCACAGAGCCCAGCUCAGCAGGGGGAGGCCGCAGACCUCAGGACCUGGCUGGAGGCUGGGGCCUGGUCCGGCUGCCAUGUUCUCCCUCCGUUCCUGGCUCCCCAGCCUCCCCUCCCUGGAGUGGGGCUGCAGCCUCCUGGACAGCCUCCUGCAAGGCCUCGUGGGGGCCUUCGGCGUCUCCGUCCUGAGCAGCCUCCUGAAAGUCUACUUUUUUGUGGGCUGUGCCAAUGACCCCAAGCGGCAGUCCGAAAAGGAGCGGCUGCGGGCCCCAUGGGCCUGGCUGGAGACCCUGCACCUGGCCGGGCUGGCCCUGCUCCUGACGGCGGUGGGGUCCCGGGUGGCCGCCCUGGUGGUGCUCGAGUUCUCCCUCCGGGCUGUGUCCACACUGCUGUCUUUGGGCAAGGGCUCCGGGAGCGCGGAGCGGCUGCAGCUGUUCCUGCUGAGCCAGUUCUCGCUGGGCUGCGGGCUGGCCUGCGCCCUGAGCGUCCUGCAGGAGGGCGCCCCGCACAGCACCCUCAACCUGCUGCUGAGCCUCGGGCUGGCCGCGCUGCUCAGCUCCGGCGCCCGGCGCCUCCAGCACCACGUCUGCCGCCUCUACGAGCUGCACAGCGCCCAGCGCUACUGCGGGGUCUGCCUGGGCCUGCUGGCGGGGGCUCACGGCCUUCCCCGGCUGCUGGGCCGCGCCCUGGCCCUGGCCUUUGCCGUGGGCGACCUGGCGGCCAUGGUCCUCAUCAACCAGGACUUCCUGAGCACCUCGGAGGCCGUGCGCUUCUGGACCCCACUCACCAUCUGCUACACGCUGCUGGUCAUCCACAUGCAGGAGGAGCAGCGGCAGCAGCGCUUCAGCCUGCAGAGCCAGGUGCAGACGGUGCUGGUGCGCAUGGGCGGCCUCUUCGUGCUGCUGCUGACCGUGGGCCGCUGGAUGGACCUCCUGGGCAUCCUUGUCGCCCUGCUGGGCGAGCUCUGGUGCCUGGUGGGCGUCCGCGCCCUGCUUGACCUUUGCCAGAUCCAGGCUCCCAGAAGACCGACCCCUCCUGACCUGCCUCCGGGAGGACUUGGAGCCUGGCUCAGGCCCGCAGGGGCUGACCAGCAAGGACUGACCUUGGGACACUGCCUGGAGACACAGCCACAGGGCUGGCCGCCACCUGGGCCUUGCCCCCACCCCCUGGAGGAAGGGGAGGGUUGGGGGAUGGGGGCCCUGAGUUAAUCCUUCUCUGAUGGGCAGGACUGACUUCUUUCGCAGGGCUGGGAGGAUGGGGGCCAGCCGCCUCCUCAGGUUGGUUUACCCCUUUACCCCUCCAUGAACAAUAAAGAUGGUUUUCUUUUUUAAAAAAUUCUUUCAGUUGCACAUGAACACA